AUGCCAACAAACCUUCUCGACUACGUGGAUACAGUAAAGUACACGGAGUUCCGACGCAAGCACUUGUGGCAUUUAGACUCUAUGCAAGUAGUAACGGGCUUGGUAUUAUACGAAUCGAAGUUUAUCAAAUUAGACAAACAUAGUGAGAGUAAAGUAAAUUGUGCCGGAACCAAGAAUGUAAGAUACCAAACGCUGCUGCGAAGAUAG